AUGGCGCCUGAAAUGGAGAUCCUGGAUGAAGGGCAAUUUGGUAAACGCAUACCUGUUCAGUGCCACAUCUGCAAGAAGCGCAACGGUCGUCCUGCGGUGUUCGACUUGAUAGACGGCUUCACACCUCAAGUCCUGACACAGCACUUGAAUUCAUACCAGCAUCGUCAAGGAGUGGCAUCUCUGAGUCAGAAAUCUUCCGGCCCAUCGUCGUCAUCUGCAUCCAGUGCCAAUUCUCCAUCCCAAAAAGUUGUAUCCCAUCGUUGUCCUGCAUGGUGUUCGAGCUUUGCGCCCGCUGAACACAAACUUGGACAGGUAGCUGAAACCCUGAAAACUUAUGCAAAGCUAAGUGGCCGCACCACCAUUGCUCACUUGGAGAAGAAUUGUUUGGGAGAGACUUUGCUUCAUGACUACCAGUUCGGUUCCAACCGGGAUGAAGUCACAAUCAGACACCGGUCUUGCACUGGCACUGUGCAAGUGACAAUACCAUCAAUACCAGCGGAUGGCCAGCCUCCCGACCAUGUGGUCUGUGGCAAGUGCAUGACUCUGGGCAAUGACAGGCAUGUUCUCAGGACAUUGUGCAGAUUUGCUCAAAAGUACUACGGAGCAUUCCUCUUGAGAACUCGACUGUUUUUUCCUGACAAAGUAGAAGAAGAGCUUCGAAAAAUCAAAGAGGUGGAUUUCUAUCGCAUUGGCUGGAAAACAGACUUGGACAACAUGAUGGGCAUGUCUCUGGAAGAGUUGUGGAGAGCAGUGCGCAGUGGGUUCUACUGCCUUCCUCAGCUAAGGCAGCCUGCGGCUCUGAAGGACUUCGUUGCUACGGUGGUGAAACCAUGCAUGGAAAUCAAUCCCUGCACAUGGAAUGCUGAUGUGGCCAUGAACUCUCAGAAAAUGGCCGAACGAUUGCAGAACCGAACUUUGAGCACCGUUGCUGACGUGGAACUCAAAGCUGCAUGUCAGAUAGCCAAUGGAGGAUUGAGAAGCAACCCUGUUUUCCAAGGUUUGGUUUGCGCUUUACUGGAGAUCACUGACAGAAAAUCCAGAGGUUUGACCACCAUGAGAAAUCUCCAGCUGAGCGACGCCGAAAUGGAUUUGAUCAGCGAGGCUGGAAUUAGUCUCAGCCUUUCUUCAGGAAACAAAAAGCUUCUCAAAGAAUUUGGCUUGAAGUUCAAAGGGGUGCAGUCCAACCUCGCAAAACUACUUUCAAUGGGCUUGCCAGACCCAUUUCUCUCUAUCCUGUCCGAUGAGGUUCUGAACCAAAACAUUCUUUUGGUUGACUCCUUGUGUCAGCGGCAUCAGGAUGCUCCCAGACGAAGAUUGUCACUGGCCUUUGACAAGACCUAUUGCCUGAAAUCCCUUGAUGUCAUCCGUGGCCGGCUUGGCAAGUGUUGGGUGGGCUCUGCAUUCGAAAUGUUUGCGGAGGAGCAGCAGCCUGGAAGAACAGGAUACAUUCCACUGCUUGACGCUUCAGAUGAGGAUCACGAAGCUCAAGAGGAUCAAGGAGAUGGAGUUGUUGAUGGGGGUCGGGUGCAUAAAGCAGAUGAAAUACUGGAAAUUGUCAUCUGGGACCCUUGCAGCACCGUUCCAGGGAGACCUAGAUAUCCAGUGGCGACAAUCCCAAUGCGAUAUGAAUGCAGUGGCCUUGAAAUGCUGCAGGUGAUUGGCCAGGUUCUGGAAAAGGCAAGCAAUGUGGCCCACAUCGUUUGCGACAAUCAUGGCUCGCAUCGCUUUAUUAAGCAGCUCAUGCUGGGCAUCAAAACUUCCCUACCUGAGAAGACCCUGACCGAUGUGCCAUUUUUUGGGCAGCUUUCCUACGAGCAGAUGCCUUCCAGUGUCAUUUCCAACCUUUGCUUCAGCCAGCCAUUCUACAAGGGCGAAGCGGUGUUCGCCCUAAACGGCCCAGCGCAUCUCCAGAAAAACUUCACAGGGGCAAUGCGGAGUGGAAAGAUGAUGUACUUUGGAGAUUAUUUUGUGGAUCUGCAAGGCACUUUAGAUUGCGGGGUACCACCUGCAAGCUUCUGUGGCUAUGAUGGCCAAUCGGACUUGCUGGCAGCUCUCUUGGUCAGCCCCUACCACUACGUGGUUGAAAUUCCAGCUUCACCUUCUGAGGCCAAGAUUCCAUGGUGCUUGAGAGGAGCUUUCCUUCUCAAUUUGACCAUGGCUAUGGGUCAAGCUGCUGCCACACAUCCAGCUCUGACCCCAGUACAGCGAACAGAGAGUGCAAUGACCUGUUUUGUGCUGAUCGACCUCUUGCAGAUGCUAGCCAAUGAACGUGCUGCUGCAGCAGGUGCUCGCAAAGGAUCAUUUUUUUUGCAUGCCACUACCUGCAGAAACCAACAGGAGUUAUGUGGAUUUGUGAUGCUGGCCUGCCUCAAUAUCCCCAAGGGGUACCAGUAUCGACCGCACAAGUGCACGGAGCUUCAUUUAGAGCAAUGGUUUGCUCACAUCAGAAGCCAGUACAUCAGCAGCCAGGUCAGCGUUCGUGACUUUUUGUAUGGAAGCAGCAAGAAAGUCCAAGCAUACUUUCAAGCCGCGAAGCAUGUCAAGGGCGAGCCUCCUUUGCCACUUCGAGAGAGCGACCGACCUAUCACUCACGAGGACUUUUGA